CAUUUACGCAUCUUACUCAUCACUAAACUUAAAGGAAACGCGCAAGUCUGGUUACAUGCGCACCCUGCUCGAUUGAUCGAACCAAUUGACAAUUUGCUUGAUCAAUUGUCAUUGACUUUUGGCGAGCAAUCAUCCAAGGCUGAGAUCCGGCGAAAAUUCGAGAGUCGCAAGUGGAAAACCGAGGAGAAUUUCUGCAGUUAUUACGAUGAGAAGAUGGCUCUCUCAAACGGGAUAAACAUCGACGACGACGAACUACUGGACCAGGUGAUAGAGGGCAUACCGCUGCAAAAUUUCCGUACCCAAGCACGGAUUCAAUGCUUCUCUACUCCAUCGGAGAUGCUACGCGCAUUUUCGAACAUCCGUUUGCCAGCUCGGAGGGAGCCACCUGUACAGCCAACCGACUACAAAGAUGCCAUACGAUGCGCAAACUGUAAUUCAAGAGGACACAAAGCUGACAUCUGCAAGAAGCCCAAACGUGAACCAGGUUCGUGCUACGCCUGUGGACAAUUUGGACACCUGGUGGCACAAUGUCCCACAAGGAAGAGCGUUUCAACUAAUAAUUAUAGAGCGCGGCAGUCAGUCGCUGUUGAACCAAGCUAGAGUACAGAUCGGAAAAUAAAAGAGACAAUUGUAAUAGUUCGGAUGUUAACUUCUGUAAACGGCGGCUAAAAACUCAGAAGUGGGAUUAAUAAUCCAAAAUGGACGAUAAAAUCAUCCUGAACGACUUUUCGCUGACAACUCUAAAAGAUUGGCUACGUAUUCUGGGCCAAAAUACGGAAAGCACAAAAGCCGAAUUAAUCGCGAGGCUGCAAGACAUCCCAACGGCAGUUCGGGGCGAUUGUCCACCGGAGCACCCCCAGAAAAACGCUCCACCAAGAAACGACAAUUUUUCUUCACUGGAUUUCCAGAAUUGUGAAAUUAACACCGAUCACGUAAGUGUGAAGGCGAUGAACAGAAAAGAAUCAACCGAAACUGGCGAGGGAGACAAACAUGUUCGAGCUACAGCAACUACGCGCAGAGCUAGCAGAAGCGAAGGCAAUGCUUAACGGAACACGAUCGAGCUUGCAGUUCCAAGAACAACAACAACCAGAGCAAAGCAAGGCUACAGUUAGUUCCGUUAUCCAGACGGCGCAGUUUACGCAGGCUGGCGCCACAAAAGAGAACACAACAUUUCACUCGCCGCAGCGAUCCAAUGAGAGAGCGGAGAGCCAUCGUUUUCCAGUUGAUGUUCUCGCUCUCGCCAAAGAGACGAU